AAAUGGAGAUAAAGCAACUGGAAAGCAUGAGAAAGAUAAGAAACGAUGCUCUCGAAGAAAGAGCCCGGUUGGAAGCUGUGGAAGCGAUGGAGGAGGAGGAGAGAAGUACCAAGGACGCGCAAGUUGAGGCAUGCUUUCAAAGUCGGGAUUCUACCACCGUAGCCGAGGAGGUCGAAGAGGAGCUGGAGACUUCUGGCUCCGAGUGUUUCACUCUGGAGAGUGAUACUGAGAACUACAACGACAUCGAGCUUACAGAGCGCUCGGAGCGAUCAGACGAGCAGAGGCUUGGCUCGGAUACUCCUGUGACAAACGAGGACAUGACAGAGACCAAGGAGGACGAACGAAAGGACAGUUCUGGGACGAAAGAGAACCUUAGUCCAGAGACAAAAGAGGACGAACAGAACAUUUUCUCGAAGAAAUCUCAGGACGAACGAGUGCUUAACUUGAAGACAAGGGAAGACGAACACACGGUUAGUGAGACCAAAGAAGAGGACGAACAGAAGCUUAGCUCGGCAGCCGAUGCAAAGGACAAUAGUGUCUGUUAAAAUUGAACGGACAAAUGUAGAAUCA